ACUUGCAGCUGCCAGUGCCGUGCUAGGGAUUAAACCUGUGCCAGAUAUGGCUGGGGGAUGCUGCCUAACACCCCACCAGAACAUUGGGAUUCCUAGCUCAGCAGUUCCCACAUCUGUCUUUGCCGAUGUGAUGUCUUAAGGUUCCAAGGUGCCCAUUAAGUUCCCCUGCAACACUUUCAUCACCCCGGUUUGAGAUUUGAAGCCUAAGCUUUAGGAAGCAGCCCCAGUUGCAGUAUGUGUUUUCUUUCUUUCUUUUUAAAAAAUAUUGAAUUGUUUAAAAGUGCAAACAUAACAAAAUGUAAGAAAACAAAGAUUUAAAAAUUCAAUCUGUAUAGCUUCUCACCCUGGGAGGACAAAAAUAAAAGGAUCUAGAGCAGCUUUAAAGCAAUUCCCUUUUAGGAAUAAUAAAUAUUUAUUAAAGUAUUAUCCACUUGUAAGUGCCAUUGUUAUUGAGAAUAAAGGUUGUAUAUAGUCUUAAAUUUGAGAAAGGCAUUAGCAUAUACUGGUGGCACAAAUCCUAUCACUUUCCCCUGGGGAAACCCAACCUUUAGCACUCAAGAUUAAAGUUAAAGAGCAGGUUUUCCCUAGGAAAGGAACAGGGCAAGGGGGAAUCUGCCAGAACUGCGCUUUCUAGGCAUGGAACAAGCAGAAGUAUGGAUGAGCCCUGAGUGACCAUUUGCCUCAGUAUUUGUGUAAAAAAUAAAACCAUACCCUAUAUUGGGGGGGGGGGGAGUGUCAUUCAAGCUCUACCCUUUAGGUGCUUUUAGUUUGUGAGAUAUCUUUUCAAGGACAGCAUUUUGCAAAAACCCUUGAACACCAGCAAUCCAGAUUAUUAAGAUUAAUAUCCAAAUUACUGAGAGGUGUGCUUUCUUUGCUUACAGAUAUACACCAAAGAGCCCCCUGAGGGAGCCAGACAGAUCCAAAGAACUGGAAGCAGAUUCUUCACAGAGCAACUCCUAUAGGAACACACUCUCCAGAAUGCUGCGCCUCAAGAAAAUGAAGCCUCUUGGACAGCGGAAGCGCUCAACGCCUGUUGCACUCAGCAAGGCACUCAGCAUGUCUAAGCAUCACUCCGGCAGGGAAGUAAUUUGUCAACCCGUCCAUUCAGACAAUGGAUUACCAGCCGGGGCUUUCGGUAAUCCAAAUUCCGUUUUCAUUUUGGAGGAGCAAGUACAGCUAACUGCAGGCUUACAGACGCAAGAGAGAUGUUUGUUCCUCUUCAGCGAUAUGUUGGUUGUUGCCAAGUUCAAGUCAUCCUCCAACUUGAAAGUGAAGAAGCAGGUGCACCUGACUAAGGUGUGGACAGGCAGCUGCCUCAGUGAAGUGUCGGAGAAAAGAUUCACCCAUGAGACCUCCUUUGUGAUUGGCUGGCCCACCACCAACUUUGUUGUCACUUAUAGAUCGCCUGAAGUGAAGGACAGGUGGAUGUCAACACUGCUGUGGCACAUCAAUGAAGUGAAGCAGACUGAGUAUCCCAAAAGCAUACCCAUGCAGAUUGUGUUGAUGGACGGUGACCACAGCUCCUCUAGCACUGCAAUAAUCGUCUCCAAUGUAGAAACAGCAGAGCAUGUCAUCAAGAGGACCACUGAGAAGCUGGGACUUCCUGGCCGGCCAAGAGACUAUCUCCUUUGGGUAAUACCAGGAAGGGACAAUAAUGCUUACCCACUUAUCGGCCAUGAGCAACCCUUCAGCAUUAUUCUCAGCUGCCUCGAAGACUUCAUGCACCAGCCACAAGAUACUGACAACAGAAUGCUGCUCACUGAUUAUUAUGGAAAUUCCAUCCUGGACCAGCUCCCCAGGGAUAGGCAAUGCCAGUUCAUCCUGAAACUCAGACACCAAGCUCCAGAGCAGCUGCAAAGAGAAAAGGUACAGAAGCACACCAAGAGGAAGAAAUCUUUGAUCGAUUGGGCACUCCGCCGAAGCACCAGCACCCCAACUGGCAGCCCAGUAUCACAGUCUCCGACCACCUCGAGGAAGCUUUUUGGCCUGUCCCUGGAAUCAUUGUGUCCUGAUGGAAACCUCCCCAAGCCAAUUAUGGAUAUCCUGCAACUCCUGUACCAUGAGGGCCCCACCACAAGGGGCAUCUUCAGGCGCUCGGCUAAUGCCAAGACUUGCAAGGAACUGAAGGAAAAACUCAACUCUGGAGAUGAUGUCCAGGUGGAUGGUGAAUCUGUCUUUGUGGCAGCUGGAGUUAUUACAGAUUUCCUACGCAAUAUACCUGACAGUGUUCUAUCCUCAGACAUGCACGGGCUGUGGAUGGAAGCCAUGGAUAAGGAAAGCCGAGCACAUAAGAUUGAAGCACUCAAAAGCUUAGUGAAUCAGCUCCCAGAAGCAAACCUCAUUUUGCUCAGACACCUAUUUGGAGUUUUACAUCACAUUGCGCAAAAUUCGACAGAGAAUCAAAUGAACGCCUACAACUUGGCCCUCUGCAUCGCCCCCAACAUGCUGUGGCUUCCCAGCCCAACAGGUCCUGAGGAGGAAAGCAAAUCCACAAAGAAGGUGGCCAGGCUGGUGCAGUUCCUGAUUGAAAAUUCAGCUGAAAUUUUUGGAGGGGACAUUGCUACACUGUUCCAACAGUCAGAGAAAGAGAAGUCGAAGAGUGCGGGUGCCUUCCUAGGCCAGCUCAAUGAUUCCUCAGAUGAGAUGGAAAGUGCUCCCUCCUACCAAGGAAGGGCAAAUCAGCAUUAUGUGCAGGAAGCAGGCGGUGAGGGCCUCUUCAGCCCAUUUGAUGGACUGAUGCUCAAUGAAGAUCAAGAGGACUGGGAUUUGUUUAGCGAGAUCACUGCCUGCUAUCAGAGCAAAGCUGGGCACGCCAGUUCCAACAGCUGCGACUUCCUGAGAGAGCAGGGAUCCUUUUGCUCACACUGCCCAGUCUGCUCACUGGGGCCUUCAAGGAAUCGGUGCUCUUCGGAGCCCAGCGUUUGCCUGAGCUCUCAGCUUUCUGUUGAGGACCACGAGCCAGUGGCCCGGCAAUCCAGUUGUGAUGCCACCAUCAUGCACAGCCACAGUGAUUACGUCCGCAGGCUCCAGCAACUACAGAUGGAGAGCCAGAAGCUCAUAGAUGAAGGGCUGAACCCUGGUCCGAGCAAAGGAAAGCAGAGUUUCUGGGGGGCCUACCCAAGCACCAGCAUGCCCAAGAAGCUUGACCCUCUGAAGUCGUGCCUGUCUAACACGUCUAGCUUCUCCAGCCUUUCAUCAACCACCACAUCUGCCUCCUCACUGAGCUCCUUGGAGAGCGCUUUCUCGUACUGCUCCGAGUCAUCUACCUUCAGCCCCACUGAAGCCUCCACCCCGUCGUUCAUAUUUGAGACGUCUACCGAGCACCACAGCUUGUCCCCUAAGAUGGCAGAGAGAUCCUUGAAGGAGUGGCACAAGCCCUUGACCUCCCCAUUGCCUCUGGGCCCUUGCAAUGUGGGCGCUUGCUGCGGGAGACAGGUGGAUGACCAAGAGCCAAGCUGCAGCAGCAGAGUGUCAUCGAGGGUCUUCAUACCCGUAGGUGGCCCGUUUCAGGAGGACAACUGGGACGAAGAGAGGAAAGAGGCAGGAGCUGCUAAAAUGUUCGGACACACUCCUGUGAAGCCAGACUUCAGAGGUCAUUUCCCUAACACCGAGAGCCCUUCUCUGCCAGCACAGCAAGUGCAAAGGGAGAAAUCUGUGAAGCACAUUGAGAUCAGUCGUCCCAAAGCUUCGCAUGGCGGCCAAGAAAGCCUGAAGCGCACCAAGAUAACCGUAUUCAUGGCACCUAAAACGAGCUAUCCAACAGCAUCUCCUGUAGGGCAAAACAAGGAGGAGACAGCCAAGAAUCUGCAGAGCAUGAAAAUUCAUAUUCCGCAGACAGUCUUCUACGGGCAAAACACUCCUUUGGUCCUCCAGUCUGCCUCACGGAGAUACCACCAUGAAUCAGUGAGCCAGUCACCCCAGGUGGAGAUCCCUGAAAGUGUUCCCCUCGUGGAAGUCCCAGGAGACCCAGCUGAGCAGGAAGGGUGGCAUACCAGGGCCCAGCGGAGCACAUUCGGCCACAACCUCCGCGUCUUUCUCCCGACCUCCAUCCGCAACACCGUCCGGGAGUACUUCAACCAGGAAAGCUCUAAGGAAUACUGCAUGAUGAGAGCAGAAUCGGUGGAGAGUGAGCUUCUGCGGAACAGGGCAGAGUGGCUUAGAAGCCAGCCCCGCCCCAGCGCCCCGCCCAAGAAGCGCAGCGGUCGAAUGUUUCCAGAAGAAACCAUUGUCUAGGAGCAGAGCAGCUGCACCUUGCGCAUUUUUGUGCUUUCUUUCCGCAUAGGGAGGAUAGUCCUGUGAAAGUGCCUCUAAAAUGCUUAGCUGAGAUGUGAAGAUAUUCGUUUUCAUGGGCUGGUGUCAAGUGGCUGUUAGUGUGGUCAUUUGUAGCUUUUCCCUUGGGCUCUGUGUGUGUGUGUUUUCCCUGCCCAGAAGAAAAGACUGGAACAGAUGUCUGCUAACAUGAAGCCGUACUCCACACAUACAAAGCUUCAUCCUGCUGCUUUCUGCUGAAGAUGCCAGUUUGCACAGAGAGGUGAGCAGGCAGGAGCAGAGCCACUCAAAAGGAUUUUUGUUGUUGUUGUUUCAGCUCCAUGCAAACGUCAUGGCAAGCCUACAAGGACGCUGAGGAGACCCUUUCAAUCACAUUGGGAAAAAAUUACAACAAAAAGAAAUCCGGGCUGUUUUUUGUUUGGCUUUUCAUCACUUUGUUAGGUGAAACUCGAAAGAAAAACAUUUCAUUUACCCCCCC